CUUCUGUGAUGUCAACAAAACAUUCAGCAACGGCGGUACUUUUUUUCCCUGUUGAAAUGACAGGGGAGAUAGCCAAUGGAAACCACGAACACACCGAGACGCGAACGUACUGGCCAAUCUGAGAACGCAAUGGGCGGGCCGUAGUCGUGUGCGCCAAUGGCUGCGAUCGUUUCUUGUUGCCCAGCAACCAGCAAAUAUAGCGCAUGCGCAGUCUUUCAUCGCUCGUGCAGGCAACUGGCUAGUGGCAAUCGGAAACUAUACUGUAAAACAUUAUUGAAUAAGGCCCCUCGAGCAAUGCUGGCGUGUACAAUCGUAAACCACCGGCAGCAUGUUGGACUGCAGAAGCUCUCGGCGCUGGCAGGAAUCACACAUUCCUCUCUGGGCCCCAACAAAAUGUACAAGUUUAUCCGAGAUGAAACGAGCGGGGAGUCGGCUCUCGCGUGCUCGUGCUUUCGCCUCUUGGAGAACUUGGAGCUGACCUGCGGCGUGGGUCAACUGGUCUACGAGACCGUUCGAGCCCACCAGAAGGUCUACGGCGCCGGGUCGGGAUGCCUGCUGUUUCUCGCGGGGGCGUGGAGCCGCGCCGCCACCGAGUGCCUGCAGAAAGGAGUUCCGGUGGCGCGCAUCAUCUCUGCCAUGUCUGAAGGGAUGGAUGUGUGCUUGGAUGUUUGCAGGAAAUGCAGCGUCUCAACUGAGAGCCUUGGUGCGGCGCCGGCGGAGAGCUGCGCCGCGACCUCUCAGGGUUUGGGACUUAACCUCUUAAAAAAAAACACUGCAGAGGCCUCACAAGCGUCGUGCCACCUGCGAGGGACAAGACAGGCUGCUGACAAGACUCUAAAUGCCAGUGGACGAAGGAAAAUAAAGCUCAGCAGACAUUUUUAUGAGACCGAGGCUGAAGACGCCUCCACGGCAACGCAACCUCCUCGACGCAAGGCUCCUGACGUCGCUCUCGUUGCUGCGGGAUUGAGUCACGGUUAUGUCGGAGCAAUGAAUUUAGUCAUCGAAGCCAGCCGUUUACAAUCCAAGAAUAAUCCACAAGAUGUCAGCGGUUCUACCUUCGAUGUUUCUAAAGUGGCCACUUGUGUGCUGCCUGGUUUGCCAGAAGAGAAUUCAUGUGUUUUACAAGGCUGCGUUGUUCACGUGUCUGAUGAACAGGCCUCAGUCGCCCAUCAUUUAAAAGAACAGCACUUGAAGGUUGCUCUGAUCAAUGGAGAUUUAUCAGAUACCUAUCGCCAUCUCGGCUUCAAAAGGCUACAGGCUGUACAGUGUGUGAGCGACCGGGUGCACUUUUUGAGUUCUAGCAAAGCGGAAGAGUGGACGGAAAAAGUGUUGACACUUCUGCUGAACCUAGAAGUGAACCUGGUAGUCGUCAGCGGGAUCGCUAGCGAGAAAGUGAUUCAGCGUUGUUGCAGACUCCACAUUCUUGUGGUGGAAAAAGCGAAUGUCUCAGUUUUGAAGGCCCUGGCUGAUGCGACGGGAGCGGUUCCGGUGACCUACGCCACGCAGUUGAGUAAUCGCUGUGUUGGAGCCGGCGUGAAGGUCGCCAUAUGGGGCGACCUCGCCGGCCGUCAGACCAAGCCCUCUACGGCUGUGAGUGUUUCCACCGGGGAGCGCGACGGGUUGGUCACCGCCGUCCUCGCGAGCUGCGUGCCGAGCAAGCUGCAGGCCCUGGAGGACCAGUUCUGGGCGUGUGCGUACCGCUUACACCACGCGCUGACAGACGCCGUCCUCCUGCCCGGUGCCGGAGUGACAGAAAUGCUUUGCGUUCAUCACCUACGAGAGCGAGCGGAGCGAAGGCACGACGCGGGGAGGAGUGGGGGCGGCGUCCAGCAGACCAAAGCAGGGAGAGCGGCCAACCCGUACAGGGGUUUAGUGAUGAACCUCAUGGCAGAGGGUUUAGUGGAUUACAUAUCCACCGUAAUGGUUAACGCCGGGGGGGUUUCAAAAGUCCGAGCCAGGACCGCUGUGAGCCAACGACUGAAGAACCAUGCGGAAAAUCAAGCGAAAUUCUCACAACUGUCUUUUGCAGGCGAACAGGAGGAUGGUUCCCUGAGAUGUAGUGACGCACCAGCAGCACAGGUCUACGACGGUAUGAGUGUGAAGCAGGAAGCGUGGAGGAGAGCCUUGGACCUGGUUCUCCUCGUCUUACAGACGGACGCGGAGAUCAUCACAGGCGUCGGCCCAAAUCAUGACGCUGCGGAGGGAGAUAUGAUGCUGUUGUGACCUCCAGGCAACAUCUGGAACGUUUCAGACUUUUCAGACGGCGACAAUGGAUUUAUUUUUUGCGACUGGCACACGGUGCAAACAGACUAAAGUGUUGUUAUUGCUGUAAAGUGAUAAAACUUAUACCACCACUUGGGGGAGACAAACAAUUAUCUGACGCUGAUGCAGGCAACUAAAAUGAGGAGAAUUCUGUCUGUCUGUAGUUUCUAAAUGCUGACACACUAAACAAUUGAAGGGAUAUUUAUUUGAUUGCCCUUUUGACCUCCAGUUAGUUGAAUAGCCACAUCAUAAAAGUAGCACAGAACCUUAAAUAUGAACUACUGUUAUGUAGUAUAUGUUUACAUAUUCAAAUGAUAUUUAACUUGCCGUCUUAUCAUGUUCUCUCCCUCGUAAACGCUGCAUAUUGUUCUAAUAGGAGGUACAAGUUAAGUUUAUUUGACUUAGAAAAAGUCAACACGUUGAAAUAUCAUGGGAAAAAAAUAAAGAAAUAUUACGUCAAA